AUGCAGCAAAACAGCACUGGAACUGAGUUCAUACUGUUAGGAUUGACACAGGAUCCUGAGAGGCAGAAGAUGGUGUUUGUAAUCGUCUUUAUUUUCUAUGUGGGAACCUUGGUGGGGAAUUUGCUUAUUAUUGUGACCAUCAAGUCCAGCCGGACCCUUGGGAGCCCCAUGUACUUCUUCCUAUUUUAUUUGUCCUUGGCUGAUACCUGCUUUUCAACUUCAAUAGCCCCCAGACUAAUUGUGGAUGCCCUGUCUGCCAAAAAAAUCAUAUCUUACAGUGAGUGCAUGACCCAAGUCUUUGCACUGCAUUUCUUUGGCUGCAUGGAAGUCUUUGUUCUCAUCCUCAUGGCCAUGGAUCGCUACGUGGCCAUCUGCAAGCCCCUGAAUUAUCUGACCAUCAUGAGCCAGCAAGUCUGCGUCAUCUUGAUUGUUCUUGCAUGGAUAGGGUCUUUUAUACAUUCCAUGGCUCAGAUUAUCCUGGCCUUGAGACUGCAUUUCUGUGGACCCAAUCUGAUUGAUCACUAUUGCUGUGACUUGCAGCCUUUGUUAAAACUUGCCUGCAUGGACACCUACGUGAUCAAUCUGCUGUUGGUGACUAACAGCGGGGCCAUCUGCUUAAGCACUUUAGUAAUUCUGAUGAUCUCAUACAUUGUUAUCUUGCAUUCUCUGCGAAACCACAGUGCAGAAGGGAGGAAGAAAGCUCUCUCCACUUGCACUUCCCACGUCAUCGUAGUUGUCUUAACUUUUGGUCCAUGCAUAUUUAUAUACACACGCCCCCCAACCACUUUCCCCGUGGACAAAAUGGUGGAAGUAGUUUAUACGAUUGUAACACCUUUCCUCAAUCCAAUCAUCUAUACACUAAGGAAUGGAGAAGUGAAAAAUGCCAUGAGAAAGUUAUGGCAUGUCAAAAUUACCUCAGAAAGCAAAAGAUGA